GAUUGGCUGGCCCUUGCGUAUGAUGUCAUGGCUUCAAUGGGUCUGACCAUGCUGCAAUAAAAUAUAUAAAGAUAAGAGUGUACAACAUCUCAACGGCAGAGAAAACGGGAUAUCUGUACCUAAGAAAAUGCACACAGAGAUACACACACAGAGAACGCACUGUGAGAAGCUUCGAUUCCUGGAUACGUAGACAAGGGAGAGGUGAUCUGCUACAGGACUGAAGGAGAAAAGAAGAUAAGGAGAAAAUAAGAGGAGAGAAGAAGAGAAGGAGAGAAAAGAACUGAAGACAGGAGAGAAGAAGAGAGUGUGUGAGGGGUGAAAGAAUGUGAGAAAUAGUUACAACCAAGACGAGUGAGGGAGAUAUAAAAGGAAGAAGUUGGAGAUACAUAAGACCAAGAAAAAGAGGGAAAUAAUGAGUGAGGGAGUGAGAGUCUGAGAUAGUGAAAUAAAGAGCAAAAUAAAGAGACUGAGAAAGGAGUGAAAGAGUCACAGCUGAGAAGUGAAGGUCUGAGAGAAGAGUAAGGAAAGCGAUCAAGACGUCUGUGGAGUGAGUGACUGAGAACAAAGGCAAGUGAGAGAAAGAGGAGUGCCWCCCUAAUCKUCAGUGGGACUCAGCCAGUAGUGUGGUGCGAUGGCGUCGUUUGCUCUGGAGCUAGUGGGUGUGAUCCUGUCAGUGCUGGGCUGGAUACUGAGCAUAGUGAGCUGUGCUKUGCCCAUGUGGAGGGUCACAGCUUUCAUCGGAGCCAACAUCGUCACAGCCCAGGUCUACUGGGAAGGGUUAUGGAUGAGUUGUGUGUUCCAGAGCACGGGACAGAUGCAGUGUAAGGUCUACGACUCCAUGCUGGCCUUGCCCCAGGACCUGCAGGCCGCCAGGGCUCUCACCGUGGUCACCAUCAUCCUGGGGGUCAUAGCUCUCCUCGUGGCUACCAUUGGGGCUAAGUGCACCAACUGCYUCGAGGAGGAGGGGGUGAAGGCCAAGGUGAUGGUGUCUGCCGGAGUGGCCUUUAUCCUGGCUUCGCUGACCCAGAUGGUGCCUGUGUCCUGGUCGGCUCACACCAUCAUCCAGCAGUUCUACAACCCCAUCAUCCCCUCAGCACAGAAGAUGGAGAUCGGGGCGGCGCUGUACCUGGGCUGGGCCGCAGCSGCGCUGCUGCUGGUGGGGGGGGCUAUCCUCUGCUGCAGCUGCCCUCCCCAGGAGGACAAACCCAUUACGAGUUACCUGAUGUCUGCAGCCGUCAUCACUGCUGUUACCAUGGGAACAAUGCUCCAGGGAAGCAACACACCCAUGUCUCACCUAAAGAGGCGGGUUGGGAGAUUCUGCUCGCUCAACUGGUGGGAGAGAACACACGGAUUCAAACUAAUUGUAAUUAAUGUCAACCGAUGCAUUUAAAAUUCAAACUCCAUACAGAUGCUCUGUACCUUCACAUUGCAUUCAUUACCUUUCAUUUUACUGUAACCUCAAACUGGCUUGGGUACAUUUUUWAUAAUAAAAAACUGGAUUAUACAAA